AUGGCUUCAUCAAGAGACACUAUUAGAAUUGGCUUUGUGCCAGAGCACUACCUAACCCCUCUUCACCUUGCUCUCAAGUCGUUUAUCCCCUCCCUCCCAUUCAAUGUGACCAUCAAACCAUUUCCGUCUGGGACAGGACAUAUGAUAACCUCCCUGCGCGAAAAUGAAAUUGAUAUUGGCAUCGGAUUAACUGAAGGCUGGGUGGCCGGGUUAGUUGGUAAAACGCAAUUGGAAAAUGGUGAGGUAGAUGGGGGGUAUAAAAUUGUAGGACAAUGGGUAGAAACCCCACUGAGAUGGGCUAUCGUGUCAGGAAGGAAUCGAACGGAGAUUAACGGGGUGAGCGACUUGAAAGGAGGGCGUGUUGGAGUAAGCCGAUUGGGGAGCGGUUCUCAUAUCAUGUCAUCUGUUCUAGCCCAACAGCAAAACUGGUCGUCAACCUCAUCACCACUUAGACCUGUUGUUCUGGGACCCUUUCCCUCACUCCGGGAUGGAGUUACUGGGUACAAUUCUUUAAGCCCUUCAGCCAUUCCAUCCCCAUCCGCCGAUUUCUUCAUGUGGGAACAAUUCACUACGAAGCCUUACUUCCACCCAUUGGAAAUCAAUCCAAACCCUCCUCUAAAGAAAAUCGGAGAGAUCUUCACUCCCUGGCCUUCAUGGCACAUUGCUGCUUCCACUUCUACAUUUCCUUCCCCAGCGCAAGACGAGCGACUCACUCAACUUUUCGAUGCCCUGGAUAACGGUAUUGCUGCCUUCGAGGCCGACAAAGAGCAGGUUGUCAAAUUGCUAGGCACGGGUGAACUAGGUUGCACGUAUAUUGAGGAAGAUGCUAGAGAAUGGCUUAAAGACGUACGGUUUGUAAAGGAUGGAACGAGAGGCGUUGAUAAGUCUAUUGUUGAAGGGGUGAUUGAUGUUCUAAAAGUAGCUGAUGUCGUCCCGGAGAAUAUUGAGAAUUAUGUUGCCUUAGAGAAGGUUGUGGGAAUAUCUAAAUAG